AUGUUUACACUGCAACCAACUCCGACGGCUAUAGGCACCGUAGUUCCUCCCUGGUCAGCGGGAACAUUGAUAGAGCGUCUUCCGACCUUGGAGGACAUGGCUCACAAGGACAAUGUGAUUGCAAUGAGAAAUUUACCCUGUUUGGGUGCCGCUGGUGGAAGCGGACUAGGCGGUAUUGCUGGAAAGCCUUCCCCUACAAUGGAAGGUGUGGAAGCCAGCACAGCGUCACAGCCCCAUUCGACAUCGUCCUACUUCGCAACAACUUACUACCAUUUAACUGAUGAUGAAUGUCACAGUGGAGUAAAUCAGUUGGGUGGAGUUUUCGUUGGCGGAAGACCUUUGCCAGACUCAACACGACAGAAAAUUGUCGAACUGGCCCAUUCUGGAGCAAGGCCAUGUGAUAUUUCUCGGAUUCUUCAAGUUUCCAAUGGAUGUGUGAGCAAAAUUCUCGGAAGGUACUAUGAAACAGGCAGUAUAAGACCACGGGCUAUCGGUGGUUCCAAGCCACGAGUGGCCACCGCUGAAGUUGUUAGCAAAAUAUCACAGUAUAAGCGCGAGUGCCCGAGUAUAUUUGCGUGGGAAAUUCGGGAUAGAUUGCUUCAGGAGAACGUUUGUACCAACGAUAAUAUUCCAAGCGUGUCCUCAAUAAACCGUGUGUUGAGGAACUUGGCGGCCCAGAAGGAACAACAGAGCUCGGGAACUAGUAGCUCUGGUACCGGGCCCGGUAACUCGAGCAGCGCAAAAGGGGCCGCCAACAGCAGUGGAAACAUCAGCAACGGCUCGAACGGGACGAGAACCACUUUGACCUCCUCCACCGAUCUCAUGCAGACGGCCACGCCGUUGAACUCAUCGGAAAGCGGCGGCGCGAGCAAUUCCGGCGAGGGGAGCGAGCAGGAGUCGAUUUACGAGAAGCUGCGGCUCCUGAACACACAGCACGCGGCCGGAUCGGGAUCGGGGUCGCUGGACCCAGCCAUAGCAGUCCCGCUGGUGGGUCAAGCGCCGAGCCACUUUGGACCCCACUCCAGCCACCCACUCAACCAGCUGGUGCACGGCAACCAGCAGGUUCUGCAGCAGCAGCAGAGCUGGCCGCCCCGCCACUACUCCUCCGGAUCCUGGUACCCCUCCUCCCUAAGUGGCAGUGAACUUCCCAUCUCAUCGGCUCCCAACGUCGCGCCGAUGACGGCGUACGCGUCGGGUCCUCCGCUCGCCCAGCCUCUGAGUCCGUCGAACGACAUCGCAGGUCUGGGGAGUUCCGGUCACCUGAGAAACUGCCCCGUGAUCACGGAGGACAUUCAUCUAAAAAAGGAACUCGAUGGACAUCAGUCCGAUGAAACAGGCUCCGGCGAGGGUGAAAACUCCAAUGGUGGCGCUUCAAAUUUAGGAAACAAUGAGGAUGAUCAAGCACGGCUAAUACUUAAAAGAAAGUUGCAACGUAAUCGAACAUCUUUUACAAAUGACCAGAUAGACAGUCUAGAAAAAGAGUUUGAGCGAACACACUACCCAGAUGUUUUUGCGCGAGAACGAUUGGCUGGAAAGAUUGGUUUGCCAGAGGCAAGGAUUCAGGUUUGGUUCUCGAACCGCCGUGCGAAAUGGCGCCGAGAGGAAAAACUCCGAAACCAGAGAAGAACACCAAAUUCCACAGGAGCUAGUGGAACCUCUUCCUCGACAUCAGCAACUGCCUCCUUAACAGAUAGCCCCAACAGCCUAAGUGCUUGUUCGUCCUUGCUGUCCGGAUCAGCUGCGGGUCCUUCAGUCAAUACCAUUAAUGGUUUAUCCUCGCCAAAUACAUUGUCCACCGUUGCCAGUGCCCCAGCGGUUGGUGCUGGCAUUGAGGGUACCGGCAGCCCAACACCGACCCUGCAUAUUCGAUCCGGCUGCACCUCUGACAUAGCCGCUGGACGUCACAGUGAAGACUGUAGAAGAGCUUGUUCCCCGGGCCCCCUUGGGAUUGGCGGCCAACAAAGUAGCCAUCAUCACCAGAGCAAUGGUCACACCCAUGCCCAUGCACAUGCGCUUGUUCCUGCUAUUUCGCCUCGACUCAAUUUUAACAGUGGCGGCUUUGGAGCGAUGUAUUCGAACAUGCAUCACACGGCCUUAUCUAUGAGCGAUACUUAUGGAACGGUAACACCAAUAUCGAGCUUCAACCACGUCGGAUCCUUGGCCCCACCAUCGCCAAUAUCGCAACAGGGCGACCUUACCCCCCCAUCUUUGUAUCCGUGCCACAUGAGUCUACGACCACCGCCAAUCGCACCGCCCCACCACCACAUAGUGGCGGGUGACGUGGGCAGCCCUGCGGGAGGCAUAGGCAAUGCCCAAUCGGGGAACCUGGGAGCAAACUGCGGUGGAUCGGGAUACGAAGUUCUGUCCGCCUACGCCUUGCCCCCUCCCCCGUUACCGUCGAGCAGUGCACCUGCAUCAAACUUCUCAACAUCAUCCAGUACUAGCGCUAAUGUGACCUCCCAUCACAACAUGCCACAAGAACCAUGCCCCUCACCAUGCAAUUCGAACUCGAACCACCUGGGAGUUGGACACAGCUCUGUAUUCGCGACCGACCCGAUUUCGCCGGCCGUAUCUUCAUAUGCACACAUGAGCUACAACUACGCUUCGGCCGCCAACAACGUGACAUCCUCCUCUUCCGGCGGAGCCUCAGCGCACGUUGCUCCUGGAAAGCAACAGUUCUUCGCCUCGUGCUUCUAUUCACCUUGGGUAUAAACAAAUAGGGUGAUUCAGUCAGAGAGGCAUUUCAUAAUGGACUAUUUACAUAAUUGUAAGCCGCCCUCUAUCCACAAGAAGUCAUAAUAAAUCGAAUUUACAUAUCUCUUAAAAUAUAAUAGAGGUUGUAGAAAAAUACAUAUGUAUGUAUACAUUAUAUAGUUCCGCCCAUUAAAUCCAAUCUUUAGUGUAGAAUAAUUGGUGUAAAUUAAAUGAUUUAGUUUUGACAAAUGGA